GGAUUGAUGUGAUUGGCUGAUUCUAACCGCGCAGACUCCUGGGAAAGCGCGAUGUUCAAAUUUGUUUCCGGUUUCAUUCUGCUUCGGUCGGUACGGCAGACAUGGAGCGACAUCAUACCAGUGUCACAAGGACUCCCCUCAACAAUGUUGCAGUUAAGAGGAGGAGCAAAAGUAAGAGCUACCGGCUGUCCUACCGCAGCUGCUUAGGUGCUGCUUCACGACUCUGCUUAACUCCAGCGCUGACGGCACGUAGGCUCACCACCAGCAGAAGGGCUCCAAAGUCACACAACAUCACUGUGAGUCAACCCAAUGAGAAGGUGAAUCCGGAGCAGCUGGCCUUGCUGGUGAAAACGGAGUGGCAGCUGUCCUAUGUUACUCCUCUCUAUCAGUUCAGACACACCCAGCUGAAGAGCUACUCCAGGCAGCUCUCAGCAUUUAUUGCUGCAGAGAAGCAGCAGGGUUUGGCAGUGGAAGUGGAGGGACCGCAGAGCAGCUUCAGAGUCUCCUUCUCUCUGGUGCAGGGGAUGGCAGAGGCGGAUGAUGAUGCUGAGACUGUCCUCAUACAGAUCCAUUCAAAGUCUUUGUUUGCCAGGCAGGACGAGCCACAGAGAUCAGUAUGGAGCGGCUGGCUGACCUGCAUCAACGGAAACCCUGAAUACCUGCGCUCACUUCCAAAGGACUUCAUCUGUCUGCCGCUCUUCGGCAGCAGUGGGACCGAGGGUCUCACUACUUUGGUCAAAUCCUGGUUCCAGCAGACCUUCGACUGCUGCUUUGGCCCCCUGGAAAUCAGCCAUACGAGCCUACAAUGGAUGGUGGUAUUAUGGACUAACUGCCACACCGAGUCCAGCAUCCAGCACCUCAAAAUGAUUUGGACUCUUCCGGUUGCGCCGCCGCUGCAGGUCACCUACACAGUUAACCCCCAAGAUGCCUGGGAGCUGUGGAGCAGUGUGAGAAAGGAUCUACAGGAGGAGAGUAAUGGAGGGGAGGAGGAGGAGAAUAGUAUUGAUAUUGAGGAGGUGAUGAGGUUCAUGCAGGGGCUGAAGAGCCACUUCUACAGACACUUCAGGCUGGAUCUGUCAGCGGGAAGCCUGAACCAGGUCUCCACGGCACUGGGCUCAGCCAAGUACAGCGGCAGGAUCAAGAUCACCAACAGCAGAUACAUGAUCACCACCCUGACGCUACUGACAGAGUGUGCCCUCCUCAAAAUGCCCAUCUGACAGAAUAAACCCAUUUUACGCCACCAGGAAAUGCAAUAUUGCAAUAGCAGCAUUCAUAUGAAAAGAAGACUGAACAUGCAGCUUUGUAUUGCAGAUUGCUUUUUUUAUAUAUAUAUAUAAACAAAGCCAAACAUCUUUGUUUUGGUUUUUUUUUGUUUUUUAAACCUCAUUUCCACACAUGAAAUGGAAAGUUAUUUUUGCAAUAUUCUAUUUAAUCAAAGCACAACAGAGUUAUAUUCUGGCUAUUUUUCCUCUCAUUUUCCAGCAUCUAAAAACAGGAAAUCUUGUGGCCAUAAUUAUGACUGGGUAUUGAGGAAAACAUUCUAGUCUUCCUAGUUUACAAUGUUGUCCACUUUGUCUGUGCUGGCAGACAUGCUUAGGUUCCACCCCCUUUUGUAAAUACUACUCUGUAUAUAUUCUUGUCCAGCUGUUUAUAUAUUUUUGUCAUUUAUAGUUGUAAAUAAAAAAACCCCUUCCAAGCAGCAGUGGGUCCAUUUUGUUA